ACAAGAUAAUUACAUUUCAUAUGCAUUCUGUAAAAAUUAGGAAAUCAAAUAUCAUAGCAAGUUUCAAAAACCAAUGUUUUAAUGAUGCCAUACUCUAGGAAGUGAUGGGAAAUUUUGGUGGGAAAAGGUGAUCUCAAAAGCAUCAGAAGUCAAUAGCAAUUAAUUCUGAGUGUUAAUAGAUUACUAAUAAAAAUGGUUAAAAGCUAAGAAAAAACAUCUUUAUUAAGAUACUUUAUUCAGAUAUUUAUACAGAUAUUUGCUGAAGCACAAAUCGAUUUUAGUUUACAAAAGUUUUAUAACUAGACUAUCAACAAACCUAAUAUUUAAUAUGUAAAUAAUGUUAAAGCCACUAAACCUACUGUUAUGCUCACGCCUUUUAUAAAAUGUAAAUUAAGGGGCGUCUCUUAAAGACACAGUAACCAAUGCGACUGUUAUGGAGGGCGGGGCAAACACGUCUCUCCUCCCGUUUUCCUCAGGCUGAGGCUAGAGAGUUCCUCAGGCUUAAACCUGAGUCUUCACGGCAAGUUAAGGCAAACAACCAGCUCACUGCAUCACCAGAGGAUGGUCGGGGUGCAGCGGUGAGUUCAUAAAAAGUGGACCGGUCACUGCCUUUAAGGAGCGAGCAUGGCCUGUUAUUUGUGUGACAUUAGAUAAAGGGAGUGCACCUUGCGUCCUAGAGCAUGGACGUGUGACGUAUGCUGCUUCACAGCAUCUGCAGUCUGGUGCGUAGAAACGCUGCUCACGGAUAAAGAUGGAUUUACCUCGUCGUUUUCCAGACCCGGUUCUCAACCCGAUGCUGUUCACUGAAUCCCCAGUGCCUCUCGGUAUAAAUGAAGCGUGCGCGGUCGGGAGCGGGUCUGGUCCCACGGCAACCAGCGCGUUGAGGAACGAUUUGGGCUCCAACAUUCAUGUGUUAAAAACACUGAAUCUCCGCUUCCGCUGCUUCCUUUCCAAAGUCCACGAAUUGGAGCGCAGGAAUAAGUUAUUAGAGAUCCAGCUGCAGCACGCCCAGGAGCAAGCCCGGUACCGACAGCUGUUUUCCCGGGAGCAGGCGGUCCAAACGAACCUCGAACAGCCUUAUUCAAACGCGCAGUGUCAGUCCAGACUCCCCGGUAAAAUCUGGAGCUUCUCGCACACCGCCAGGUACGGAGGGCGGUUCGAGACUCGCCAGGGGCCCGGAGUGUCCUGGACUCACCCUGACGGUGUCGGGGUUCAGAUUGACACCAUCACACCUGAACUCAGGGCCUUGUACAAUGUUUUGGCCAAAGUCAAGCGCGAGAGAGACGAGUACAGGAGAAAAUGGGAGGAAGAGGUUUCCAAACGUCAGCAGAUGGAGUCUCUGGUGGAGACUUUACAGGAGACUGUUCAGUCGUCUGAAGUGGCACAAGGAGAACUGAAUGAGAAGGUUGAGCGUCUUAAAACAGAGCUGGUGGUCUUCAAGAGCCUCAUGCCUAAUGAUGAAGUGUCUGACUUGGACAGUAAAAUCCAGGAGAAAGCCAUGAAGGUAGAUAUGGACAUCUGCAGACGCAUUGACAUCACGGCCAAGCUGUGUGAUGUGGCCCAGCAGAGAAACUCGGAGGACAUGACUAAAAUACUGCACGGCAGCUCAUCCAGAGCUUCAGUCGAGCAGAAAGGAGGGAUGGUCGUAUGCAGGAGAAAGGAGUGUAAGGGUGACUCAGAGGAGCAGAGAGUGGAGGCUGAUGGUGAUUGCACUCAUCAUGAGGAGGAUGUGCCUGCUUCUCUCAACAUCACUGAUGAGAUGAAGAGGAUGCUCAACCAGCUAGGUUGCUCAGCUAAUUGGUUUGUUGGCAGGAGGGAAACAUUUGAGUUCGAUGAUGACUGUGACAGCCUGGCGUGGGAAGAGACUGAGGAAACGCUUUUGCUCUGGGAGGAUUUCAGUCACUACAACAGUCUGAACUCUAACACCACCAGCGCUCACACCACCACCACCUCCACCGCCGCAGCUGGCACAGCCGUCUCCAUGUCAUGUGCAUCAGAGUCUCACGGUGAAACACACGAACAGGAUCGAAGUCUGGGGAGCCUCAUACAUGAAACAGAGUCUCUGUUUAAAACCAGAGAGCAGGAGUAUCAGGACACAAUCGGACAGAUUGAGCUGGAACUGGCCACAGCCAAGAAUGACAUGAACAGACACCUGCAUGAGUACAUGGAGAUGUGCAGUAUGAAGAGAGGCCUGGAUGUCCAGAUGGAGACCUGCCGGAGGCUCAUCCAAAGCACGGCCCCAACCGGCAGACAAUCGCCCUCUCUCAGCUCUGUGGCCAGCAGUGAUUCAGGAAACACUGAUGACAUUCAGGAUGAGCUGGAGCCCGAUGGAUUGAAAGACGGAGAAAAAGACGGAGAAGUGGAAAUGAAUGGAGAAGUCAGAUGAUGAUCAGCCCUUCAUCCUUCUGGUUUCUCAGCUUCUUUGUGAACCAGUCACUCUUUUAAGUGUCUGGUAACCUUUUCAUACACAGUACGGCUGAGUGUGGGAUUUCAGAUUCCCAAAGAGCAAGUAUUGGUGCUUUAAAAGCUGUCUUAGAGCAGGACUAAUCCAAAACAAACCUGUUCCCUCUUCAUCAGCACUGCCAAGGCAUGGCUCCAUAGUCUUCCUCACUGUAGCUUUAACUGAGGCUCACUCUUUACAAUUAGAUGGAUAUCAUAUUUAAUUAUGCAUAUUAUGGUUGCACUUUGCAAUAAGGUUGUAUUAGUUCAUGUUAGGCUGUGCGGUGGCGCAGUGGGUAGUGCCGGUUCAAGCCUCGGCUGGGUCAGUUGGCAUUUCUGUGUGGAGUUUGCAUGUGUUGGCCUGG